CAGCAAGACGCACACAAUGCUUUGAUAAAAUUCACCUUACAUUCUUGUCCAAAAAUUGCCAAAAAAAAAAACAAAGGAAAAAUAUCAAAGCUUUUCUCAUUUCUUGCCGCAAUGGCUGCAGCCACACUCUCCGUCCGGCCCAACCGUCUCACUCCCGGCUCCCCUAUCCCCAGGCCGCCGGUCCACCUCCCUAACCAAACCCACUCUUCUUUAAAACCCACAAAGACCGAGCCGUGGAGAGCCGCAACAAUCGUCCACUUCCGGCGAACAUUAGCCUCUCGAGCCGGUUCACGAGCUGACGACUCGGCUCCGUUCGAGAUGUCUGUUGAGAACGCUCUCAAGCUCCUCGGAGUCUCCGAAAGUGCCUCUUUUGAGGAUAUUCUUCGCGCCAAGAAUUCGAUUGUUGCCUCUAUCAAGGAUGACCAGGAAGCUAUUGCCCAGGUUGAGGCUGCAUAUGACAUGUUGCUUAUGCGGAGCUUAACUCAACGCCGAGCAGGAAAAGUUGUGGAUAGAAGCAUUCGAUAUGCAGAUGUUAAACCUGUUAAUCCUCCCAGAAUGGGAUCAAUGCCUCAGUGGGUGCAGACAACUGCUAAGAAAUUACCUGUUUCAGUUGAAACACCAUCUACAGGUGAAUUGGGCAUUCAAGCUGGUGUAUAUGGAGCUCUUAUGGUUCUGACUUAUGUAAAUGGAGCUUCUACAUCGACUGGGAUUCCUUAUGCUGGACCUGACGUUCCUGGGCUUAUUUUAGCAAGUAGCUUUGGAGCUUCCCUAUAUUUCAUGACCAAAAAGAACGUGAAGCUAGGAAAGUAGGGGAGUAAGAGAGAAGAGACGCAAAACCCUCUGUGGGGGAGAGGGGCUGCAAUCUGUUACCAAGUGAAAACAUCAUAUAUGAUGCUGGCAAUUUUACUGCAAAUGUUGUUAUGGUUCAGGUCAAAUUAAUGAUUGUUUCAAGUCAUUUAAUUUCAUUCAGCAGUUUAUGGAGGGUAUGCUUGUGAAAAUUUAUUACUGGAAGAGUUUUGAAUUCCCUCCUAUCAUGCAUAGAGGAUGAUUUUCUAGUGCUUAUAUAAUCAUUCUACAUUGCUGACACUGGUUCUGCUUCCCUUUCUAAUGAUUUGUCAGAAUUUUUGGUUCAUUUCUCUCUUUGAGCUACCUUCUUUAAGCUUUUCCUUAGUGGAAAUGAGGCUUUUCUGUGAAGUCCUUUAAAGCAAAAGGAAGUUCACCAUUUGGGAUUUUAUGAACCUUUCUGCCAAAGCAUGCCGAUAUUUUAGACUGCAUAUGUUGUGCGAAAUUUCAAAUUAGUUUGAACUUCAGUUUGGAUGAAAAUAUCUGAAGUCAUUUCCCUUUUUUUUUUUUUUUUUCUCU